AUGCUUUUGAUGAAAAGUCAACUAAAAUUUUUUAAAAGACAAACUCCAAUUGCAUCACAAUCCGCAAGCAAAAAAACUUCAACAAAAAGCUCGGCAAGUUCGAGUGCUACUAUAAGCACAACGAACAAAAAAAGCGUCACUAAAUCUAUUUCCUCAAGUAGUAGUACAAAUAGUCAACCGAGCGUAUCGAUCCCUUCGUCCACUGACCCUUCUGAAAUAACUAUAUCGAUAAGGACUUCUGAUAAUAGUGAGACUCUUUUGCCAACAAUUAUUGUUCCUUCUUCUAUAACUGGUCCAGUACCAACUCCAACUCGUCCUGUUUUAAACCCGCCUCAAUUUCUGUUUCAUACACAAUCCGCAAGCAAAAAAACUUCAACAAAAAGCUCGGCAAGUUCGAGUGCUACUAUAAGCACAACGAACAAAAAAAGCGUCACUAAAUCUAUUUCCUCAAGUAGUAGUACAAAUAGUCAACCGAGCGUAUCGAUCCCUUCGUCCACUGACCCUUCUGAAAUAACUAUAUCGAUAAGGACUUCUGAUAAUAGUGAGACUCUUUUGCCAACAAUUAUUGUUCCUUCUUCUAUAACUGGUCCAGUACCAACUCCAACUCAUGGUACAGCACCAACUGCAACUCGCCCUGUUGUAAUCUCUCCUACAUCACCGCCACCACCAAAUAAUCCAAACAAUCCACCGACCCCAGAUAUUACAGAUAAUACACCAAUUCCAAAUAAUCCAAAUCCACCAGAUCCAAAUAAUACAAAUCCACCGAAUCCAAAUAAUCCAAAUCCACCAGAUCCAAAUAACCCAAAUCCACCAGAUCCAAAUAAUACAAAUCCACCGAAUCCAAAAAAUCCAAAGAAACCACAGGAUCCAAAUAAUACAAAUGAUAUAAAUAAUCCAUCAGAUCCAAAUAAUCAACCAAAUCCAGAUUCAAAUAAUCCAAAUAAUCCAAACAAUACACCAAGUCAGAAUAAUCCACCGAAUCCGAAUAAUCCAAACAAUCCACCGAACCCGAAUAAUCCAAACAAUCCACCGAACCCGAAUAAUCCAAACAAUCCACCGGAUCCGAAUAAUCCAAACAAUCCACCGGAUCCGAAUAAUCCAAAGAAUCCAGGACCGCCACUGCCACCAUCUGAUCCUAAUGCUUCAUCAACAAUGUUCGCGACAUACGUGCCUACGGCUACAACCACCACAGAUGAAUCUGGUAAUGGCACUAGUGAUGGUGGUCCAACCAAAGAAACAGAAACCACAUCGACGACAAAAUAUGAAAAUGACCCUUUAAAUAGUAAAAUAUUAGGGCCAAUAAUAGGCGGCAUAGUUGCAGCUACUAUAGCAGCAAGUAUAAUUAUUUUAAUUGUGGCAAGACGUAGAUCAAAAUGUAUGCAAAAAUUCGAAUUACCAGAUACUGAUUCACUUGAAGAGAGACAACAAAAAGAAACUGGUAUUUCACAUGAAAGACAAACUAGUAAUAGAUCUCUAUCUCUAAAUUCUUCAAGAGCCUCAAGUAUAAUAAAUUCUAUAAGAAAUGUUGUCGGUAGAUUAUCAUUACCGUUAGAUUCUGCUAAUAUAACAGGAACAAGUAAAUUUGUUGAACAAAUUCCUUCAUAA